CUCUUCUUGCAGAUAACCGGACUUUUUAAGUCGUAGCACAAAUAAGAAGGAAAAAUUAGACAUGGCGGACGAAAGCCCCAUUUCUGAGAAAGAGGUGGAGACGGCCAAGCUGGACGAGAAGGAGGAGGACACGGCCAAGGAGGGGGAGGGGCUUAAGCCGGGCAGUGGGGGGACGUCCAAGUCUCGUUCCCCAUCGGCAUCCAGCAGGAGGAGUGCUUCACCAGCAAAGACCCCGGCAGCUAAGGCUAAGCCCGCUGAGAAAGGCGGGGCAAAAGGCGGAAAAGCUGGCAAACCAGCAGGUGGAAAAGCCUCCAAGCCAAAGAAAGACGAAGUCGAGGAAAAACCGUCUGGCAAUGACAAAGAUGGCAUCAUGCCCCUUUUUCUGGCCUCCAAGACCCAGGAGCUGUUUGGGUGCGUUGCCGAUGUUGACGUGACCGAGGAGAACCCUUGCAAACUCAUCCCUAAGGAGGGCAUCUUGCAAGACCUGAGGACCAGGGCGGCUGUGUGCGACUUCUUUCCAGUCAAGCAGAAAAUGCUGGACUACCCAGCUGAUGAAGUAUUGGUCGUGUUUGAUCCAGAUUUCAAGAUGGGACAGAAUUUCUACAUCGCUCUAACUGAGGAGACCAAACAGCGCAUCCUCAAUCCACCGUCUGAGGAGGGAGAGGAAGGGGCGGAGCAAGCUGAUGGUGAAGGGGGCGGGGAAGGACAAGAAGAAGAAGUCGUGGUGUAUCGUUACAUUCCUCCGGAACCCAAGGAAUGGGUGUCGCUAGGCAGCGAGAUGGACAUUGAAGAUGAAAUUGUCUCCGAAAGCAGACCGAAGAUCAAAAUGACGAUUCAGAGAGUGCGGCGCGAGUUUGGCACACCCAUCACAUUCACGGACCGCAACGCAGACGACGUCAAGGAUGGCUACAUCGAAUGCGCGUCGUACGAGGACAAGAGCUUCAACGUGAAGAAAGUGGAGAUGGAUUAUGGCGUGCAGGCCGUGCCUACGUACACUGAAAACGGAACACAGACUGACUGGAAGCAUCCUCGGAACCAGACUACUCAGUACUUCCCACGGGAAUUCGAUAAAGAGGAGAAAAAUAAACUGAUGGAGUCGGAAGACAUUCUAAACUUUCUCAACCAUGUCACACCCAGAUUUGAGUUGGCCUUACAGCAGAACGAGAUCAUGAACGUGUUCUUUGACGACUGGUUCGCCCUGGCUGAGCAAGACAGCACGUUUGGAAGCAAGUCGGACAGUCACCUCAAGGAGUACCAGUCCUUCACGGACCUCCAGUUCAGCAAAGACAAGGCCAUCACCUGCAUAGAAUGGCACCCAACCGUCAAAGGCAUUAUUGCCGUGUCCUGCGCCGAGCGAAUGUCCUUCGAUGAUCGGGUGGAUCACGGUUCUAAGAUCAUCAUGAACCCUUCCCUCAUUCUACUCUGGAGCUUCACGGAUCCCAUCCACCCACAGAUCUUGUUAGAAGCCCCGGACGACAUCUUCAGCUUCAAGUUCUGCCCGUCCGAUCCCAACAUCAUCGCUGGGGGCUGCAUCAACGGCCAGGUGGUCAUGUGGGACAUCAGUAAGCAUGCCGACCGUCUCCGUAGCAACCAGCGCGGCAAACAGACCAAGAAGAACUCCAUGAUGAAACUCCACUAUGGUAGAGGCAGGGACCAGCCUGGCUUUGAGGAUGAGAACACAGAUCAGAUGCCUAUCAUACGCUACUGUGCUGUCUCCGGGAUCGAACACAGCCACAAAACGGCUAUCUCUGAGUUGCAGUGGGUGCCGGAUCAUAUGGAGAUCACCCGCAUGGGAAUUGUUGUUGAGAACAAGACAGGAACCUGCAACCAGAUUCUUACUGCAUCAACGGAUGGCUAUAUAGCUAUCUGGGAUACCAAACCACCCAAGGGCCACACGCCGUCCGUAGACGACGCUAAACAGAGAGAUAACCCACUAGCCAUCGCUACCACCUUCAAGCAUCUAGACCUGACCUGGAAACCAACGCUCAAGUUUCCAGUGAGCAAGAUUGAAGGCAACGGGGAAUACGGAGUGACAAGGAUCAGUAUACAGGAACGACAGGGAGACAGAAGUGUCGCUGAGAAGCAAGGGAGUAAAGCCUCAGACAUCAGUAUGAGUGGCAGCAUGGGCAUGGGUGGUUCCUUGAGGACCGGCUCGGCCAAAGACAAGAAACCUUUGGAGGGCGUCACCUCCAAAUUCUUUGUUGGGACGGAGGCUGGUGAGUUUGUGUACGCUGACUGGAAACUUGAGAAGGACACCGACUCCGGCAAGAUCCAACCUCCGCGGCCCCAGUUUGCCAAGUCCUACCAUGACUGGGGCAUCAACACACUCCAGCGAUCGCCGUUCUACAAGGAUCUCAUUCUGGCCGUGGGUGGCUGGAACUUCACUCUGUGGAAAGAAGGCAUUGAGGGUGGCCCUAUCAUCCACUCAGCCACAGCUCCCAAGAAACUGACGGCAGGCUACUGGUCGCCCAGCCGACCGGCUGUCUUCUUCAUUGGACGUAGCGAUGGCAACAUCGAUAUCUGGGACCUUCUGGAUAAGACCCAUGAGCCGUCCCUGUCACAGAACGUGUCCGCUUCGACCAUCACCCAGAUCUAUCCAUGGGUUGUUAACAGCAAGCAGCAGCUUUUGGCGGUCUCUGACAGUGUUGGGACUUUACACAUCUUAGAAGUGCCCUGGUCACUGCGUCAUGCUACCGUUGGAGAGUUGUCCAGCAUGACCAGUUACAUCGAGCGCGAGGUCAAGCGCUUGGAGUACAUCGACAAACGGCAGGACUUCCACGUCCAGAACAAACGCAAGAUGGAGGCCGAAGAGGCGGAAAAGAAGAUGGUUCAGCCUCCCGAACCGAGCACGGAGGAAGUCGAGAGCAAGAUGCGAGUCGGUUACCUUGACUACGUCGAAGAAGAGAAGAAGUUCUUGGCGGCGUUAGGAUUGUCGGUGGAGCCAGAGGAACCACUGCCGGAGGUGUAGUCAAAAACAAAACUUUAAUCCACUAAAAAUUCACCACAAUUUUUUUUCUUCCAGAACUCAAUUUUUGAUGUAUUUCCAAAGUGUGCCUGAUUUUAAGAUACUGUUACACAUGCGUUACACUGGGGGGGGGGGGGGGGGGGGGGA